AUGGCACAAGAAAACAAAUAUCCGUCGCCUGAGCCAGCAUCUUCAAGUCACCCUUACCCAAACAACCAGCAUUCACUUGCUCAGGAUGGGGAGCAGCAAACGCAACCCGCACCUACAGCAAUGAUGUCAGAAUCGCGCGGCGAUGAGACCCAUGUUCCACCGGGCUUUUACGCAGUCGCACAGUAUACAGUACCGCAAGCACCGAGUACUCCACAGGCGCUCGCCCAGCAGACUCUAGAUGCGAAUGGCACCUCGACCGACAAGAAGAAUAAAAAGGUAUCUAGAGCAUGCGACGAAUGCAGGAGAAAGAAAGUAAGGAAACUCGAAAAGAAAGUUGUUGCCAUAACUCACAUUAUAGGUCCGCUCUAUAUCAAGGAACUAGCAGAACGCGUGAAUAGACUCGAAACUGGCACGCCAGGCCAACCUGAUACACCAUAUGGUGCUGUCAAUCAUGGAUUUCCAAAUCCGGAGCCACAGGCAUACUCUCCACAUCUAGACUUUUCAACGCCUGUUCAGCGCAAACGAACGCAUUCGAUGGCCGAAGGGACAUCACGAUACUCCGAAGGCCCUGAACAGUUACAUACAUAUGCGAGAGGCUAUUUCACACACAUUCACAGCAGUCUACCAAUACUUCCCGAAAAUGGUGCUGAGCUGACGUCAACAUUGAAUGCCACUUCGCCAGAGUUGCGCUCAGCAUUUGCAGCGGCUUUGACGACUGCUGUGAGAGGAACAUCAACCCUAGUGGGUGAUCUUGAAAUCAAAGGCGCUGCAGACCUCUAUCUCGCACUACCAGAAAAAGGCCACGGCUCUUCCACAGCUUCUUAUAGCCUCAUUCGCCUUCAGACGCUGAUCUUCCUUGCCAUCGCUGAAGAAUAUGCUGGCCCUGGUCCUAGUCGCACCGGUAAAUGGCUUGGCGCAGCUGUAACUCUCGCCAAAUCUUUACCAAUUCGCAGACGAAAACAGCAAGAGAUGACUAGUAGAUCCGAGCUCGGCAAUCUUCUCCGAAGAUCCUGGUUCAGUCUAGUCGUCCUCGACCGUUGGCAUGCCGCCGCGAUCUGCGGGUCACCCAACAUUCCUGAUGCCGAUGUGCAACUUGAGCAGUCUGACCAUACUCUUCUCGGAAGCUCUUCGUACCAUGUUCUCCUAAUGCGUGGUGAAGUCGCCCGCCUCGAUGAAUCCAUCAGCCCGCUUUUCGAAUCUUUACCACUCAUCCAUCUAGCUCACCUCCAUCUGCGUAUGCUUAGCGAUAAGGCUGUCGAGUCGAUGUCUGCUUCGGGCGAGCAAGCAUCCAUUGAAGCCGCUAUUGCCGCCAUAACCCUUCUUAGUGGCAAAGCACUGUCCCAAGUCUCGCCUUCGCCUCUUGAGCAUCACAUCCUGGCUUUAGCAACUGCUGUAUUGGCGCAUGCGCUGCCGUCACAUGGCAAGCCCGUUAAAGACACGCUAGCGGAUUUGCGGUCGUGGUGCGAGAAUGGCCAGGCACAUGUGGCGCCUGGUUGGAGAGAGAUGAUCGUAGGUGCCAUCAACCAUGUACUGGCGAAAGGUGGGUUGCCGGCUAGAGAACAAGGGGCAGGAGGAAGAGAUGGUCUCCUAGGCCUAGCGGAUGCGGCGGUGCCAGGUAAUGGGAGCGGAACAAAGGGAGAGUGGUCGGUGGUCAUGGAGGGAGGGUACUCAAGCCUGUUUGAGUAG